UUCAAAUACCACCGUACGCGGUGAACAGGAUUUCGUGAGUUCUCCGGAUCUCCUUCCACAAGAUCAGGGGUGAACAUUAGGGAACGGCAUACUUCCUGUCAGUCCGGAAAUCUUCAGUUGGACCCUGGAACCUACCCAUGAAGGCGGAUAGAAUGGGCAGCUCACAGUCAUCACCUACUCAAGUUAUCGCUUCGGCAAUGACGAAAUCGCUCCCCUCAUCAGAUAAUUACUUCGUUCAGCGAUUAGGGAAAUGGGCAGCAGAAAACUCCGGUGCUGGCCCUCCUGCCGUGAUCACCCUGGAGGACAGCGACGAGGACAGCGGGGACGAUGUUCAAAUCGUCAAAGUCGAAGCUCCGACCGAGACCUCAAGCGAUUAUCAAUGUGAAAUCACCUUCACCGAGGCUCCUCGGAAAUCGACGUCGAAAAAAUAUCUGUCCAGAGACCGUGCGAAAAUGUCUCCCUACUAUCGACCCUCCAGAGCGAUAACGAAGAAUACGUACAUGGAAAUGCUGCGACGACAUAUACCGAAUUAUUGUUCGGACCGGGUGCGUAGUCACUAA